AUUCCCGCGAAAAUUUUAAAAACAAAAAUGAUAUCCUUAAAAUAUCGCGAAAAAAUGCCUUAAAAGACUAAAUUAUGACUCAGUCAAUUGUCGUACAAGUUGGACAGUGCGGCAACCAGAUUGGAUACAGAUUCUGGGAUCUUGCAUUACGCGAGCAUGCAAGUGCUAACAAGACAGGUAUUUUUGAUGAGUCAAUAAGUAGCUUUUUCAGGAAUGUAGACACACGGUAUGACAGGUUAAGGGAUAUUCCUGUCGGCAAUUCAACAGGAAAGAUUAAGUCCCUGAAAGCAAGAGCAGUGUUGAUUGACAUGGAAGAAGGCGUUGUGAACAACAUACUAAAAGGUCCUUUGAGAGAUGUCUUUGAUUGUCAACAGCUCAUUACUGAUGUGUCUGGCUGUGGAAACAACUGGGCUACUGGGUACAUGWUGUAUGGAGAGCAGUACAGGGAACAGAUAUCAGAGACUAUCAGACAUGCCGCUGAACUCUGUGACUGCUUACAGUGUUUCUUUCUUAUUCAUUCUAUGGGUGGAGGUACAGGUUCUGGUCUGGGUACCUAUGUACUCAAUCUCCUCCAUGAUGAAUACCCAGAUGUAUAUAGGUUCACUACUGCAGUCUACCCCUCGGCAGAUGAUGAUGUCAUCACCUCACCRUAUAACAGUGUGCUGGCUAUGCAUCAAUUGACUGAACAUUCUGACUGUGUUCUUCCUGUGGAGAACCAGGCUUUGGUUGAUAUCUGCAACAAGGUACAGAGUGCUCUACCACCAUCCAAAUCAGGUAAAAAAGUCGUCAUCGUAGAUGGACAAAAGACGGCAAAAGCAAAGAGUGCCAUAACAUGUGGUGAUGGUGGAGUAUCCAAAGGGCCUGACAAACCUUUCGAUUCAAUGAAUAACAUUGUAGCAAAUCUCAUUCUCAAUAUGACCAGUUCGGCAAGGUUUGAGGGAUCACUCAAUGUGGACUUGAAUGAGAUCACAAUGAACUUAGUACCAUUUCCAAGACUUCACUACCUUGUGUCCAGUCAGACACCAUUGUAUGCUUUGACAGAUGUUAACCUACCUCYGAGGAGGCUCGACCAAAUGUUUACCGAUGCAUUCUCUAAGGAGCACCAGUUAAUUAAGGCAGAUCCGAAACACAGUCUUUACUUGGCUUGUGCUUUGAUCGUCAGAGGAAACGUYGAAGUCUCUGACAUCAGGAGAAAUAUCGACAGAUUAAAACCAUCCUUGAAUUUUAUCUACUGGAAUCAGGAGGGAUGGAAAACCGGCCUGUGUUCUGUACCCCCAGUUGGCCAUCCCUAUUCUCUCUUGACUCUGGCAAAUAACUCCUGUAUCAGGCAUACAUUCAAAGACCUAAGAGAUCGUUUUAUGAAACUUUACAAAAGGAAAGCGCACAUUCAUCAUUAUACUAACAUAGGCGGCUUGGACGCUGGACAGUUUGAUAAUAGUGUAGAAUCUUUGACAUCAUUGAUGGAUGAGUAUUGUGCAUUAGAAUCAAACAUGGGGAAAGUUGUUCAAAGUGUUGAAAGACUUAAAAUUGCUUAAUCAGCAAGUUGCAAGUGUUUCAACCGAACUUCUGUUGUUUUCACUUUCACAUGGGCAUGAGUGGGACACUGUAAAGCUCGUGCCUGGGGUCACUGGUUUCAUUCUUGCCUACAUUGUAUACCUACAUGCAAGUCAAUUUAUAUUGAUGUGUUCUCUCCUUUGUCACAAGGGUUGUCCUCCUGACUCUCUGGUUUCCCUUUAGUAAAAAUCAGCGUUAGUUGAGUGUUGUAAAUAGUGAAAUUAUGUGGUAAUGUGUGAUCGUUGCAAAAAAUGUCAUAAAUGCGUAGUCCCAGAGUAUUAUGUGUAGCAGCGCUAUAUGAUAAGCAAUUAGUCCUCGAGCCCAAAUAGGCUUAAUUAGUCAAACAUAAAAUGUCAAAUGGGCUAUUGACUUAUUGGCCAUAAUGAAUUUUGAAUUAAAGAACCAUUGCCACUUACCGUGAUGCAUCACAAUUUGUUUACAUUUUGAAUCGUGUCACCAC